GGAGACGACCAUAGCCAGUGGCUGGUACGUUAGACAAAUGGUUUACAAUGGGCGAGAGUAUCGAGGCAAGACACGAGAACUGGCUGAGAGUGGUCUGGGGACUGCUGUACGUGAGAGAAGGACUGCAGGGAUACGUUGAUACAAAAGGCAAAGAUCAAUAUCAAGUGUUUCGGAACAAUGUCAUGGGAAAGUGCAAUAACCAAACAUGUAAUCAAUGUCAGGUCAACAAGAGUGGUAAAUUCAGACCGGGCCAUUUCUGUUAUGAACUAAACAAGGAGAUACAAAACAAUCAUGUUAAAAAAAGGCCAAAAUGGGCAAAUACUGAUUCGACAAAAUGGCAGGAUCAACAUGUGGGUCACUGGGAGGUGUCAAAGUGCUAUCUGAGUUCAUCCGGUUACUUCGACAAGACGGGACCAAAUGACGUUGAUGCUUCCGGUCUUCUGAGCAUCUGCAUCAACAGUUCGUUCAUCAACCAGCACAUAUCAAACACUCAACAUUUUGAAGAGGUGCGAAACAUAAGGAACAAGACCCUGCAUGACGCCCACUAUGAGCUUGACGGACAGACAGCAGACGACUGCCUUGACAAGAUGGUUACCGUACUGGAGGAUCCACAGGAACUCGUAUAUGAUAUGUGUGCUAAGCAAGCCGAUAAUCACAUAACAAAAAUCAAAGCCAAAACUGAGAAGACACCGGCUAUAAUGAAUGAAGCCUUACACAAAUGGCUGAAAACAAACUUUGACGUAGACCAGGCCCUCAAAGAGAUAGAGAGUCAGAUGGAUGAAAGGCUGCGAAAGGAACUGAAACAAUUUAUAGUUGGAGAGGUCGAACGUGAGGUGAGAAAAAGUUUAGAUGACAGAAGUGACGACACACGGGAGAACAAACUGAAAAUUUUGCAGGAGAAGUUGAUUGCUGACAUACUAACUAAUUACUCGACGAUACCACUCAAUCCAAUUUUGCAACACCAAGACUCGUUGCUGAUUGAUUUCUACGAGCCUCCGAAAAUGACAAAAACAGUCCAGGGGAAGGAUGAACAUGGUAAACCUAGAACAUUGCAAAAGCAUAUCACCAAGAUUGAAGAGCUCUUCAUCUCCAAUGAACGUAAAGUUGGCAAAUCCCCAUCACAUUUAAACAGGGUUUACAUUUCAGGUGAAGCUGGAAUGGGUAAAACAUCUUUAAGUCAGUAUUUGGCUUUAGCUUGGUGUGCUGUACAUGGUGAGAGUGAGGAGUGUGUGAGAAUGAGAGAAACAAUGAAAAAGUUCAUUAUGUUUAACGACGUUGAGUACCUAGAACAAACACAAUUGCUAUUUUUAAUUCAUUUGCGAGAGUUUGAGAACGAACCUAAUUGCAAGAAAAUGUUGAGCACUUACCUUCACUCACAGUUAGAGUACUCUGAAAGAGAUGCUCAAGAACUGAUUGCCGUUAUAAAUAACCCGAAUGCAGUCGUUCUUAUUGAUGGACUUGAUGAAUUGCAGUGUUUAACAAAACAAAUGCCAGAUUUUAUCGGCCUAAACCAGACGAAAAUUGUAUGCACUUCCAGACCUUGGAAGAUCGACUCUUGUGUUACAGCACGAACGCUAACUUACAACAAAAUAACAAUCACAGGUAUUGGGUUUGACAUUGUAGAACGUCUUGUUCGCAAUGUAACAGAAUGUUUACGCAGAGAAGGAUAUUCUGUGCGCGAAAAUAUAACUGACUUUAUUAAAACUCUAAACAGUAAGGAGCUUCGAGCUAUUAUUUCUCUGAGAACGUCAGACUCAUAUGAGCUGCUCAUGAUACCUGUGGUUAUUCUACAGCUCCUGUGUCUCUGGCAUGAUUAUAAGGAUUUGGGAAGCACGCGUACACAAGUAUAUGCAAACAUGGCAGAGACACUGUUGUGUCGUAUGAAGAAAAAGCAGAAUGCAGGCUAUAGUCCAGAUACAUAUAACAUUGAAGUAUCUUCUCCUCUGUCACAUUUGUUUGAAAAGUUGCAUGCAUACUAUUGCAUGACCGAAAUCGAUAAUAUUGCAAAGCUUUCAAAACUAGCCUUUGCAUUGCUGUUUACUGGGCCCAUCGAACACUCACUUCUGUUUAGAGAAAGAGACUUGGACAGAAACAAUCAACGAAUGUUUAAAGAAAUAAAACAGUUUUGUUUGGACUCUGGAAUUGUUCGAGGGACUUCAAGAAAAUCAAGUUCAUAUCAAGAUGAAAUAUACAGUUUCAUCCACAAAACUUAUCAGGAGUUUUUUGCAGCCUUACACAUUGUUGAACACAAUUGUGAUGAAAGUAUCCAUGGGGCUAUAUCAGCAAACACAAAGUCGCGGAAAGAUAUUUUUGAAUUGGCGAAUGUCUUUGACUUCGUCUGCGCUUCUGACAUAAGCUGUGCAGAAGCAAUGAUCUCAUUGAUAGAUGCUUUAACAAGACAUACAAUGCGAACUGAUGAUGAGAUGAAAAUAAAGCACAUCCGUGAAAUACAGGAUUCCGUUUUAAGAGCGUGUGAUAAAUAUGUUAUAGGGAACAUAUCAAUUAAUGUUUCCAAUUUCGUUUUGGGUCCCUUGUCAUACCCACUUAAAUAUAGCUCAGAUGACAGAAAUAUACCGUUGACUAUCUUACAAAAUCAUCCAUUUCGUAUUGAAUUACCAGCAAUAUUUCCUCGCAUGGUAAUAACAUUUAACAAGACUUUGAAUGUUCUUUACUUGGAGCGCUGUUCAGUUGCUGGUCCACUUGACCUGUCUCAUUGUGAAAUGGAAGAACUUGUGUUAAGAAAUGUAAAUGCAGCGUGCGUUAUUUUGGGUAAAAUUGGGCGCUUAAGGCGUUUUACUUUUCUAAACAACAGUAUGCAUACGACCUCAACUAUUCCAUUUCUAGAUGCAGAAAAACUUGCACACUUGUCUAUGGAAAAUUUAAUUCUGCACGGCAAAAUGGACUUGUCUCAGUGUCCCCUGGUAAGGCUGAGGCUGAGCAGGGUGAAGACAGAGACGUUAAUAGUCGGCUGUGCAAAGGAAUGUACGAUAGAUUGUACGUUUUGUUCAUAUGACUUUCUUUGCGCAACAAAACUCAAUCAUCUUACUAUGAAGAACGGUUCCGCUUUUGGCACACUAGACUUGACUCAGUGUCCACUGGAGAGGCUUGAGCUGACAAAUGUGGAGACAGAGAGGGUUAUUGUUGGUUGUGUGAUGACAAUAAACCAAUUAUGCUUUUGGUUUAAGUCCUUGACAACUGUCUGUAUACAACUCCAUAAGGCUAACAAACUUACUUACCUCAGUAUGCAGAACUGUCUCCUGUCACGCCCACUUGAUCUGUCUCAAUGUCCAAUGUCGUCUUGUUCAUAUGACGUUACUAACGCAAAACACCUCAAUGAUCCUACCAUGAAUAACUGUUCCCUUUCUGGCCCACUGGACUUGUCCAUAUGUCCAUUGGAAAGGCUGGUGCUGACGAAUGUGAAGACAGAGAGAGUCAUUGUAGGCUGUGUGAAGAACUGUAAAGUAGCUGGCUUGGAUUGUUCAUUUGACUUGACAAAUGCAAACACACUAAUCGAUCUAAGUAUAAUUGGCUGUGUUCAAACUCAGUCAUUAAAUCUGUGCAACUGCCCUAUACAAAAUCUUGAACUUUUAGAUGUAGAUUUUACCAUAGUAUGUUCGUUAGAGACACUGAAGAAGCUGUCCAUAUCAGACUGCCGACUUCUUUCACCAACGUGUUUCAGCGCUUCCAAUUGUUCGCAUGUUGUUUUGAAACAAUGCCUAGUACAGAACUGUAUUCAAUGUUUACCAUUGACAACAUUGGAGAUAGAUACUUGUCAAAUAAUGUCAUUUAUUGACUUAUCAAGUACAUCAUUAAACCAAUUAAUCUUACACGAAACCCACAUAACAGCGUCCGUAUUUGAGGAGCAAAUGGAGCAUCUGUACAGUUUGCCUCGCCAGAUCACGUGUACACUGAAUGGAUUUUGGGGGUUCUGGGAGGGGUGUAAUGUUGGGAGGAAUUUGCAGAAAGCCAUUGAGAAGCUGGGGACUGAUAGACGAUUUAUUGUGAAAGUAAAUCAUAGCCCGUUUGAAUAUGUAAACACUUUCUCUGUCGUAACAAACAAAAGCAUUCCUUUAAUUUAAAGAACAUAAUGAAAACGUUUACAGUGUUUUAUAAUACAAUGAAUUGAAAAACAUUUAAUUUUAGAGUUGAAAUUUCAAAAAGUAUUUCCUAAUGUGCGUGCGUGCGUGCGUGCGUGCGUGCGCGCGCGCGCGCGCGCGCGCGCGCGCGUGUGUGUGUGUGUUGUCGGCAAUGUGUAAUAUAUUGCUGUAAUUUCGUUUUUAAUUUUGUUGUUGUUUUGCAAGAUGCAUAUGCAGACGAGUACAUCGAGCUCAAAAUAUUUUUGUGAAGUUGAUUACAUAUGAAAAUACGUCAAUGUAAAUUAAUGUUUUUUUUCCGAACCAUUAUGUUUAAUUCUGUAAAUGUAAAUAUUUUAUUCAUUAUUUUAAUUCACAUCAUAAAUGAAAUAGCCAAUAUUAGAUAGUAUAUGAUAUAUUUUAACCAGGUUUUCACAUAGUGAAAGAUGGUUAUUAGA